AAAUGCAUGAGUGAGUGAGUCAAGCCAGACCGCCACACUGCAUACACUGCCUACACCUCCUGCAACUAAACUCACCCUCUCUUGUCCAUGAUUCUAGUUCUUCUUUCUAUCUGGAUGCAUGUGCUUGAAUACGCGAAGGGCCGUGAAUAUCAGAGCACAUUUCAAUCUUCCGCGCAUUGAAAACGUCACUCCGUCGGUACCGAUAUAUUCCUCCUACUUACUACCGUCACCAUGCCUAUGAUACAACAGCCUGCGAACCAGAUCAAAUUGACCAAUGUCUCACUGGUCCGCUACAAGAAGGGCAAGAAGAGAUUUGAACUAGCAUGUUACAAAAAUAAGCUGCUCGAAUACCGCUCAGGCACCGAGACCGAUCUCGACAAUGUCCUUCAAGUUCCCACCGUCUUCCUCAAUGCAUCCAAGGGCGAGACUGCACCAAAUGCCGAACUUGCCAAAGCCUGGCCUAUGCCACCAUCCGAGUCCUCGCACAGUGGCAGGUCGGGCGGCAAGGGUGGGAAAAAGGGCAAAGGAAAGGCUGCAGACGAGGGCGAAGACGAGAAAUCCUGGAAAGAUUCCAUUAUAGAAGAGAUUCUCAAAAAGGGUGAAAUACAAGUCAAUGCCAACGAGAGAAAAGAACUACUGGAACGGAUGGAGCGAGAGAUUGUUGAAGAAGUCGCCCAGAGACUGGUCGACCCACAGACGAAGAGGGUGUACACGACCGGAAUGAUCAAGAAGGGAUUAGACGUUCUCACCAAGCAAGGCGGUCACGCCCCCCCUCAAGACUCACUUGGGCACAAACUCGGCAAAUUGAACCUGGGAGAAGGUGGGAAAAUGGGGUAUGGUCUACCGAAAGGCUCCAGCGAGACAAGUGGUCAAGCCACCCCCAUGACCGACGACGACAACGACUCGACGAGUGCCAGCACUAGAGGCAAAAAGAGCGACAUGCCCAUGUGGACCGGCGUCGUGACAACAAAGUCGGUGAAACAGCAAGCUCUUGAGGCCAUCCGCGCAUUGAUAGCCUGGCAGCCCAUCCCUGUAAUGCGCGCGAGAAUGAGGUUACGCAUUACCUGUCCGACGAGUAUCGCCAAACAGUCAGCAAAGUCCAAGGUGGCCGUGGCGGAAGGGAGUACGGACGGCGACCAAGGCAAAGGUACGGUCAAAGAUAGGAUCCUUUCAUUCGUCGAACAAGUGGAAAGUCAAGACACGGCAGGUGAUGAAUGGGAGGUCAUCGGGUUCGUCGAGCCAGGUGCCUUCAAGGCCUUGGGCGAGUUCUGCUCCGCCGAAACGAAAGGCCGAGGAAGGCUGGAAGUUCUCGAUAUGGCAGUAACACACACCGACGACUGAAUUGCGAUGCAUGAACACCUACAACGAGGCGCACACACCUCUUGCAGCUAUAAAUCUCCUUUACGUCCCAAAAGAUGACAUGAGACGCUAUGGACCGGCACCCCGAUGUCGCGGCACAUGACGAUCGUCUCUCUGCCACGAGGUCCAGUCUCCUCCUACCACCCUGGACAAAACAAAACAUGCUAUAGAUGGUAACAUCCGUGGUUACGAUGCAUCACUCACCUAGAAAGGGUGCUGAGUCGGACAUGGAAAUCGGAGGCAUGAGCCAAGUUAGGCAAAAAGAAACAAAAAAAAGGCCAAGGCUCCCACCCCCCAAUGUGGGAGAGAGUUAAUCAUACUCUGACAUGACACGAGAAGCAUGGUCACAAUGAUCUAUGAAAUGAGGACGUUGUUCGGGGGGGUUCCGAGAGGCUUGCUUGCUUGCUGUAUGCGACAAAGCCAAUGUACUGUGUCACUCAACGACAUCUCGCCUCUUCAACGAUUGGGGUCGCCGUAGUUUGCAAAGCCUCGAUGUUUCCCGCCCCGGACCGAAGUAGAGCCUUGACUCGUUGAGUGGUUAUUCACUAUAAAUAUACCUCACAUGAUCAUCAUGUUACACCCUCCAAGAAAAAAAGCACGAGCGCGAGGAAAAAGGCCAGAACGAUCCCACCAAACCCCCAAGUCAUCAUUGCGUUAAUUUCACCACACAACAUGGAUGGGACAUGGGGUGGUGAGCCGGGUUACUUAUCAGGUCCGUCGAGGCAAUAAGAGACCGACACCGCCCAUGUUUCCUUACCAGAUGACAAGGCUGAGCAGUGAGGUGGCCUAAGGAAUGGAGUACGUCUUUAGAUGGCCUGUUUGUGAGACACAUGGUAUACAGCACGAAACUUAACGAUUUCAAAGUCAAGCAUAUUUUUGUCAUGGUUC